AUGUUCGGGACGCAGCUCGGGGCGCAGGACUUAGGAGGCGAAUGGAAGAUCCUCAGCAAUCUCAAAUCUGAAACCGGCUGGGGUGUUCUGAGAAUUCUACUUCAGAAGACGAUGUAUUUGCGCCGACUGAGACUCGAAACAAGUGCCGGCAGGGGAAACGAAAAAUGGGGUCUCUGCCGACUGAAUGACAUUAGGGACCUAGAAACCCAGGCUUUGGUAUACUUCAAGUUAGCCAACGGGUCAACUGCGGAUAUCGCAGGAAACAACCCAAACAUGAGUGAAACUGAAAACCAGCAAAUUGAGGACGUGGCUUAG